CGGUAGUAAAAUGAGCAGUGAAUCCGGAAGUAAGAUGAGCAGUGAAUCCGGAAGUAAGAUGAGCAGUGGAUCUGGCAGUUCAGGUGGAAACAGUACAUCUUAUGAUUCGAGCAAACAAUCCGACUCAAGUGCAAGUUCUAUUGAAAGCAAAGAGGAUGUAGAAGAUAUAAACCGUAUUCGCAGGACCUUUUCUGGGAGUAGCUCUGACAGCCAAUCGAAUGUCAGCUCUGGCAGUCAAUCGAAGAUGAGCUCUGGCAGCCAAUCAAAGGUCAGCUCAGGCAGCCAAUCAAAGGACAGCUCUGGCAGCCAAUCGAAGGUCAGCUCUGGCAGCGAAUCAAAGGU